GUGUGUGUGUGUGUGUGUGUGUGUGUGUGUGUGUGUGUGUGUGUGUGUGUGUGUGUGUGUGUGUGUGCGAUAAAACCCGCUGCUAAUAGUGAGCGUCGUUAAUCACUGGCCGCAAACACGAUCCACGCUCACGUAAACAGGCUUUAUUCAGGAGAGAGGACCAGUGAGACACGCUCGCGCAGUGAGUCCAGCGUGUGUGAACCGGAGCUCUGGUGUAAAACGAGUGUGCGAUGUGCAUUUUAACGCCAGCGACAGGGGAAUUUAAGCUGAGCUCAAGCUCUAAAUUUCAGGUGUGAACGACAAGCGCUGCAUGUUCACUGCACAAGCAGGAAACAGGCGAAACACAGGAAUGUGCAAAUGCUCCAUCACUAAACCAACCCGACGUCUCAUCAGGCUCCUGAUUCUCACUGCAGGGAAGCUUUAAAGAUGCUGAAGAUGGAAAACAGACACAAACAAACAAACCCUCAGUGCAGAUUUCUGCUCCAUCACAGUCACACUAUUCUGAGGACACCUGUGUUCUGAAGUGUGGAGCUGAAAGUCCACAUCCAUUCGUCGCCUCCCAGCUCCCUGUUUCCUUUCAGGCAGUGACUGAGAUCUGGCGCAUUCACAACAACCUUUUAUUGCUGUUCGGGGAAAUUCUGCGAAGUCGGAAACAGAGCAGAGGCUGUUUUUGCUAGAAACACAGCAGCGCCUUAAAUCAAAUCCCCACAGCCCCAGUUCAUUCUGUCCUUUGCGUUGGAUUCAUCCUCAAAUGAAGCAAAUAAAAAUGCAAACGCAGACUGAAGAGAGGAACUGUCUAAAACCUUCACAAUCACAUCAUGUCUGAACUUCACUGCUGCGUCCAAUGAUCCGUCCAGAAACAGAUUAGUGGCGUCAGUCACAGUCGUUGACUGAAUCCAUCAUGUUGAAGCUCCAGCUUCUGUUCUUCACACGUGGCUUCAGCAGAAGCUGAUGCUGAGUUCAGGGGAGACGCUUGAAGUAAAGUUAAUGAAACACAGGCAGAUGAAAAAGAAAACGAAGAGGAGACGAUGAAUCAGUUUGACGCGAGGCUCAUUAACGUUCCAGCCACGUGUGCGGGUGGGUUCUGGCGCCAUCUAGUGGCCAGAACCAGCUCCUGCGCUGUCCUUAAGAUACGUCCUUAAACUAUUAGAGAUAAUGAGGAGACAAGAGCUUCGGUAGUUAGACAGUGAGAAUGAAUUUAAGAGGAUGCAAUUUUACCUUUUUAAAGGUCGUACAAACCAGAGGUUGAAAUCUCUGCUGAGCUUUUGAGCUCUUGUUUUUUAACUAUUGUUAUCGUCAUUGUUCACCCGGUUAUAAUCCAGGUUUCCUUCUUUGUAUUAAUCUUUAUUGGCCCCAGGUGAUGACUGUCUGAAGGUGGUGUCUGUCCCGGUCCCACCCACCCGCGGCCUGUGUUUUAUAGCCGCGUUUAAUUAUUGACUCUGGUUCUCGGGCCACAGCGGUGUCGGUUUCAGAGGCUCCACGUUCAGGGAUCAACUGGAUCUGGAGGGAACCAUGUCGGGGAUGAACGGUGACCAGCUGCAUCGCGCCACCUUGGGCGUCUACGCGAGCUUGAUGGACGAGUUCAAUCCCAGCCUGCAGAAACUGGUUUCACUGGGAAACAGCUACGUUCAGGCCUACAAGGCUCUGGCAGCCACCAGCGAGGCCUACUUCAGGGCCCUGUCCAAAAUCGGAGAAAAGGCUUUCCACACCGUGUCCUCACAGCCCAUAGGCGAUGUCCUAAUUCAGAUCUCUGAAACCCAGAGAAGACUCACGUUGGAGCUGGAGGGUGUGUUCCGCAGGUUCAACGCUGAGGUUCUUCAGGAGAUGGACAAUAACGUCCGACUGGACCAGGACUACAUAUCGGGCAGCCUGAGGUUCUAUGAGACGGAGGUCUACAGGCAGCGGGCCGCUCAGGAGGCGGCGCUGAGGCCCGGAGCCGCCCAGGACGGCGGCCUCGCGGGCUUUCUGAGGCGCAGCCACCAGGAGGCGCUGCAGGAGGAGGAGCGGCGAUAUCGCUUCCUGGCUGAGAAGCACUGUGGGCUGCUGCAGUCCAUCGCCCAGCUCAUGAACAAGACAGGAGGUUCCCUGCAGCAGAGAGCUGAUGCCUGGACCGCGGAGGUGAACGCCACCCGACACGUCGAGACCAGGCCCGGGUUCAGUAGCGCGAGCAGCUCUGUGAGUUCUUAUGAGGUCGGGCCGAUGGAGGCGGGCGUCGCGCGGAGCAGAGCGGAGCCGGGCCUCGGCAGCGUCCCGUCCAGAGCUCCGUCCCCUCAGGGGAGCCUGUCCCGGUCCGCGGGCGGGGCCCGGUCCAUGCGGGCCCUGGUGGCCCACCAGCCGGCCGGCUCCAGCCCCACGCUGCUGCCCUUCGGCCGGGGAGAGACCAUCGCCGUGAAGGUGCAGCAGCCGCGGAACGGCUGGUUGUACGGACGCGCCGACGGCAGCGCACGUCAGGGGUGGUUUCCAGCCUCCUUCGUGGAACCAGUGGAAGAUCCUCCAGAGUCAAUGAGCUCCAGCUCCAGCCUCCGAAGCAGAGCCAGCAUUAGCGACCUGAUCAAGCAGCCACAGAGCAGAGCCUCGGGGCCUCCACCUCCACCUCCACCACCACCCUCUGCGUCUUCAGGCCCGCUCCCUGAGACGACGGCAGCCAGUUUCAGGCCUGACGACAAGCCUGAGCCUCCGUCUGAAAACCGGAGGUCACAGCCACAUCGCUCCCACCCUGAACUCUUCCCCAGAGGUACCAACCCGUUUGCAACUGUUAAGCUGAAGCCCACGACCACCGACGACAGAUCGGCCCCUCGUCUGUAUCGCAGAUGAUGCCUCCACCUCGUACAGUAACAGUAACAGUAACAGCACAGGCCCGACCUCAGCAGAUGAGGCAGAGCAGAGGAAGCCAACAAACGCGAUCAUCUGUGAACUAAACUCUUCAUAUUUCAUUAAAACAUCUGAAGAAGCUGCUUGAAAUGUGUGUUUGAUUGAUUUAACCUGGUUCUAAAGAGGUUUGAUUUACUGAGUCUAGUUACAUAUGGUGUCAAUAAUGAAACAAUGUGUUGUAUUUUGUAAAAACUGUCAUUUUUUUGCUUGGAUGGAGACUUGGUGCCAUGUGUUUUAAUCCCAUGUGUGAACAGUUGUGUAACUAAAUGAAACCUCCUGCUUUACACCAUCUGGUGAAGCCCCUGACAAAUAAAUCGAACUUUCCCUAAUGUUGAAAAUCAAGGACUGUAUAAUGAAGUGAUUAUUGUGGCGUUCAGGGACCUGCUUCGUCGUGAGACCUGUUGUAAUUCUGACAUCUUGUAAUUUCCCCCUGAAAGGUCUGCUUGAGUCUCCCUUAUUAAAAAUGUGUCACAUUU